CGUUCAGAGAGGAGAUUCCGACCAGGCACUGUCGCGUUGCGCGAAAUAAGAAAAUAUCAGAAAAGCACAGAACUGCUCAUCCGCAAGCUGCCGUUUGCACGAGUUGUCCGAGAGAUCGCGUUGGACAUGAUCACAGACACGGUGGAUUACGGCCACAGUGGCCUGCGAUGGCAAAGCUCAGCCAUUCUGGCAUUGCAAGAGGCAACGGAGGCGUACCUCGUCCACCUCUUCGAGGAUGCGAACCUCUGUGCGAUACACGCGAAGCGCGUGACCCUGAUGCAGCGCGACAUCCAGCUCGCGCGUCGGAUACGCGGUCCCUGGGGCGGGAUGGCGUGA